CUUUACUCUUUGGUGUACUUUUGUACACAUCAGUACUCAUUUCUAGGUUAAAAUUGAUUGUUUUGUUGUUUUCUUUAUUUAUAUUUACGUGAUGUAUUGUAUACAACUGUUUAAUAUUGUUAUCAUCAGUGUACAUAGUACGUAAUUAAUGUCUCGCCAAAUUAGUUAUUAUUACAAAAUUACAUAUUUAUUCAAUGUAAAUAAUAUUCUUUUGUGUUCUAUAAGGUCGUCCUAAUACUUGUUAUCUAUAUAAUUGCAAACUAAGUACGUAGCCACUCAUUAGUAUUGAACCGAGGCUGUUUUGUCCACGUCAGGUCACUUUAAAAACUAGUAGUAACUACGAAUAAGAACGUACCUAAACAUGGAAACCCUAGGGGGCAUAUCUACCAUAGUGAAAAAGGAAGCGUAUUAUCUAAUAAGUUAUGAUACAGGAGAGCUCGCUCGCCUAUAUAUCUUAAAUAGCCAUGUUUUCAAAUACUACAUGUCGCCCAACGGCAUUUUCUUGGACUAUCCUGAACCAAACCACCCGACAGACAAAGCAAAAAUAAACGUUAAAGCUAUCACUGAUUACGAUCCCAAAUCGUUUGAAUAUUCCGUUCUUGAAACUACGGAUAAAUGCUACAAUGUUUAUACCAAUAAAAUUACAAUACGUUUCGACAAACGAAAAGGGACUAUGAUCGUACGAGAUAUGAGGACGAACAAUGAAAUAAUAAAGGAAUCUGAACCACUCUCUUAUUCUGGUAACGAAGUGAAACAUACGCUACAUCAAAAUGAGGACGAGUAUUUCUUUGGAGGCGGAAUGCAGAACGGCAGAUUUACACACAAAGGAGAAAAAAUAGAUAUCGUUAACUCAAAUAAUUGGGUCGAUGGAGGAGUCACAUCGCCAUGCCCUUUCUUCUGGUCCACUUACGGUUAUGGAAUCUUACGCAAUACUUGGCAACCAGGCGUCUAUGAUUUUGGUACUAAAAACCCUAGCGUGGUCGUUACCUCCCACAAAGGAGAAGACUUUGACGCAUUUUUCUUUAUAAAUUCAAAUCCUAAAGAUAUUCUGACCGACUACUAUGAAUUGACCGGAAACCCGAUUUUCAUGCCUGAAUACGCGUUUUAUGAAGCACACCUUAACGCGUUUAACCGUGAUUACUGGGUCAAAGUGAUGCAGGAUACGCCUGGCGCGAUUUUGUUUGAAGACGGAUUUUAUUACAAAUGUUAUCAACCCAAAGAUAUGAAUGGGAAAGAUGGUAUAUUAGAGUCUUUAAAUGGAGAGAAAAAUAAUUACCAAUUUUCAGCAAGAGCUAUGAUUGGUAGGUACCAAAGACAUGACAUGCCAUUAGGCUGGUUCGUGCCCAAUGAUGGCUAUGGUUGUGGCUACGGACAGUCUGACUCCUUAGAUGGUGAUAUCGAAAAUUUGAAACAGUUUGCAGACUACGCCAGAGGAAAAGGUGUGGAAGUUGCACUUUGGACUGAAUCUAAUUUAGAACCGGCAGAUCCGAAAAACCCAAAGAAAGGAGAGCGCGACUUAAAAAAGGAAGUAGGUGUAGCUGGUGUUGUAGCGCUCAAGUGUGAUGUGGCGUGGAUUGGAUCUGGAUACUCUUUCGGCCUUAACGCCUUAGAACACGCUAAUGAACUCUUUCAUAAAGGCGCUAAACACAAAGCUAGAACCAUGGUCAUAACAGUGGACGGUUGGGCAGGAACCCAAAGGCACGCAGGGGUAUGGAGCGGAGAUCAGACUGGAGGACAGUGGGAAUACAUACGCUUCCACAUACCGACGUAUAUUGGAUCUGGCCUCUCCGGAAUUCCAAUAGUUGGUUCUGAUAUGGACGGUAUUUACGGGGGACAAGGCAAAGCAGUUAAUGUGCGAGAUUAUCAAUGGAAGACUUUCACACCACUACAAUUAAAUAUGGACGGUUGGGGUAAAGUGCAAAAAACUCCUUUUAGCUUUGAUGAUGAAGCCAAGCGAAUUAACAGAGCGUAUUUGAAAUUAAAAGCUAUGCUUUUGCCAUACAAUUAUACCAUAGCUCAUGAAUCAGUUAACGGUCUACCGAUGAUUAGGGCAAUGUUUCUGGAAUUUCCAAAAGAACCCUGCGCUUACACGAAAGACUCUCAGUACCAGUUUAUGUGGGGUCCCAAAAUAUUAGUAGCGCCAGUGUAUAAAGAAAAAAACUCUGAUGGACCCUGGGUCCGUAAUGGUGUUUUCCUUCCAGACCACAAACAAGUGUGGAUAGAUUUAUUCACAGGAGCAAAAUACCAAGGAGGUAAAAUAUGGAAUCAUUUGAAAACUCCACUAUGGCGCAUACCAGUUUUUGUAAAAGAUGGUGCUAUCAUACCUAUGGUUAAUCCAAAUAACAAUCCUAAUGAAAUUGAAAGAGACCUAAGAGUGUACAAUAUUUAUCCGAAUGGUGAAACAGAUCUUAAAGUAUAUGAAGACGAUGGUCAUACUUCUGAUUAUUUAGAUGGUUUUCAUGCUUACACUCAUUUGUCAGUCUCAGGCCCCUCAACAAAUGAAUGUGGUAAUUUGCAUAUACAUAUUCGCAAGACGAUUGGAAAAUACAAGAACAUGGUAAGAGAAAGAACAACUUUACUUAGGAUAAUGAUAUCGAAACCAGUUGACUACGUUAAAGUUGCAAUAAAUAAUGAACCAAUAAAUAUGAUGAAAGUUAGAACUGAAGAAGAAUUCAACACAGCAGACGAUGCAUUCUACUUCAAAGAAGAUUAUAUUGUUAACCCAUACCUUCAAGGCUUUGGUGGGGAGGCAUUAGAAAAAAAGUUCUUAUUUAUUAAAAUACGUAAAACAGAUGUCACGACAAGCGAUAUACAUAUUAAAAUCAAUGACUAUCAAAACAAAGACAGUAUUCACGGAAACAACACAACUCUGAAUAACGCGUUACGGUAUCCCUCUAACUUUACAGUACGCGACGAAGAUGUGACACCUACGUCUAUUACUCUUCAUUGGGAGCCAGUGACGGGAGCUUACGUUGAAAUAGAAAGAGACGGAGUAGUAUUUACAAACAUUUCAGGUUCUAAUUUCACGUUUGAAGGUUUCGCAUUUGAUUCGGAACAUAAGUUCAAAAUUCGUUCAGCUCACUCUGAAGGCGUGUCAAAAUGGAGUUACACUAUAGUUGUAUCGACGAAGGAAAAUCCGCAGAAGCAUGCAAUUAAAGUAGUCAAAGUUACUUGCAACAUUCCAUGCCAGCCGUCCCAAGAAGUUUGUAAGUUGACUGAUGGGGACGCAUGUUCGCUGUGGCAUACUCAUUGGGCGAAACCAGAUCAAGCAAACCCGCAGAAAGGUAAAGUAAUCACGCUCAAUUUCGACCUGGAUGGCAUACAUGAGAUAGAUCGAUUAGAAUACACACCUCGCGAAGAUGCUGGCAACGGGACCAUACUACAAGUGCAAUACAGACAUUCGACCGAUGGUAAGACUUGGAGCUCGAUGUCCAGCAAAAUAAAUUGGGAUCACGAUGAAACUGUUAAAAGCAUUCCAUUAAAUGGCACUAAAAUUAAAUACGUAGAGCUUAAUAUUUUAGACACUAUUGGCGGGUUUGGUUCUGGCAAACAGAUUUUGUUCUAUAAAAAAGUUUAAAUGUGAUAUGCUCAUAUUUUUUGAACAGUAACUAUCGUGUGAUAUGCAAAAUUAUUGAAACUAGCGACUUAGGUACUCAGUUAAUUCAUGUAUGUGUUGAUGGACAUGUCUGAAUGGAUGGACAUGUCUGAAGAUUACCUACAGUAUUGUAUUGUCUUUUUUACUAUAAAUUCUAAGUAUUCCUAGUUUAUAUUUUGUUAUAAAUUUGAGAUUGUAUUUUUAUAUUAUAUGUUUUCGUCAAGUACUCAUUUAUGGACUGUGUAGUGGCAUUUAUUUUGUAUGUAUACAUAAAAUUUUGGUCAACAAUUUUAAAAUAAAAUAAAAGACAUUAUUUUUCUAAAUUCAAUAUGAUUUAAUAUUUUUAUUUUUUUCACAAUAGUAAUAAUAAAAUCUUUAACAA